UCGAAAUUUUACAGAUUACCAAUGUUGCCCUCCGCGGACUCGAAUCAGCACCUUCUGUUCGAGUCACAGUCUCAGUCACUUCCCAACUGUGGUAAAUUGUGCCAUAGAGGAGAAAUGUGUUUUUCCUUCACCUUUGACACAAACCAGAACACUUGUAGAGGCUAUAAAUCGUCAGUCACCAGAACACCCAUCCCCUUCUCCACAGGAUCAACGAAUUAUUUCGUUAAUGCAGGAUUGUUGACAUCUCUUGGAUUCCAAACGUUAUCGAACAGUGGUACGCUCUACAAGGUGACCGAACUUGAAUUGAGCCAGACAAGUGCAGCCGAUGUUUGCGCCCAACAAUACUCGGGGCUGAUGCGGAUUAAGUCAGAAUCUGAAAUGUUAAGUUUACAGAAUGUCAUUGCCGGAAACACCAUUCUAGCAACAGACCACAACCAGUUGUUCGUGUCUGGUACGUAUGUGUUGUCAGAAUGGAGGUAUACUGAUGAAUCGGAAGUUAUCGACAGCGUUCUUUGGUCUCCUGGCAACCCUGACUCGGGUCAAGGUCACUGUGUCAUGAUGACACCAACAGGUCUGGAAAGUGCGGAUUGUACAACAAAACUCUUCUCCAUUUGUGAAUUCUUUUGAUAAUAUUUAAAGAUUUCGGACUAGGUGGUAAUAAAAAUCCACCGGAAUAUCCCCAUAUGUCUAUAUCAAGAUUCCGUUGCGUAUGAACUUAACAAAAAUCUAAGUUACACUUUUAUGUACAUAUCGUAGUUUCUUCCACAAAAGGUGGGUUUUGUUCCACGCCCAAGGCAUCCGAUAAGGGGCCACGUUCUGAUGACCUUUGCAAUGUGUGUAUUUCACGUUCAGGGCGAAUUGUCAAUUUGUCGAUGUCAUCGGAACAAACCCUAUAAUCACAGCAUGGAUCUUAAGCAAACCAUUUCGGUACAUGUACAUACAUUUGUAUAGUGAUAUGCUUUGUGGGACGAAAUGGCUUGAAACAAA